AUGGCCACAGCUGCCUCCAGCCCCUACACCCUGCUCAGUUCCAGCCCCAUGAUCCACCCCGACAGCCAGGCCAUGCAGCCGGCCAGUCCCUACAGGAGCCACCCCAAGCUCAUGCAGAGCGACUACCUGCAGAGCGUCCAGAGCAACGGCCAUUCCCUGGGGCACCAGUGGGCGAGCAGCCUGUCGGAGGGCAGCCCCUGGUCGGCCUCCAUGGAGCAACAGGACAUCAAACCCGGCCGGGAGGACCUUCAGCUCGGCAUCAUCCAUCACCGCUCGCAGCACGUAGCGCAUCACUCGCCCCAUCACAACAACCAUGCCAACCAUCCCGGUGUCUGGGGCACUCAGGUGUCCCACAACUCCUCCAUCAACAGUGGGCAGCAGCUCAACCUCUACUCCCAGACGGGCUUCACGGUCAACGGCAUGCUGGAGCACGGCGGCCUCACACCUCCGUCUAAUCAGCAGGGCCAGGGCAUGCACCCCGGCCUCAGGGACACGCUCAGCCCCGAUCACAGCGACCUCGGCGGGCACCACUGCCACGACCACUCCGACGAAGAGACGCCCACUUCGGACGAACUGGAGCACUUUGCCAAACAGUUCAAACAGCGGAGAAUUAAGCUGGGCUUUACGCAGGCCGACGUGGGUCUGGCACUGGGCACUCUGUACGGCAACGUUUUUUCCCAGACCACCAUCUGCAGGUUCGAGGCUCUGCAGCUGAGCUUUAAAAACAUGUGCAAGUUAAAGCCGCUGCUGAACAAGUGGCUGGAGGAGGCGGACUCGUCGACGGGCAGCCCCAGCAGUAUAGACAAGAUAGCAGCUCAGGGCAGGAAGAGGAAGAAGAGGACGUCCAUCGAAGUCAGCGUGAAGGGGGUUUUGGAGACGCACUUUCUGAAAUGUCCCAAGCCCGCCGCGCAGGAGAUUACCUCGCUCGCGGACUCGCUGCAGCUGGAGAAGGAGGUGGUGCGCGUGUGGUUCUGCAACCGACGGCAGAAGGAGAAGCGCAUGACGCCACCAGGAGAGCCUCCGAUGCACGAGGGACCGUAUUCUCACGGCGGCGGGAGCGCGGGAGACGCUUCGUCGUGCCAUGAUCUCUGACCGAGGCACCGGGAGUAAAUCCCCCCUGCAAACUAUCUAUCGAGCGAGCGCGCGGUGCAGGGCACACGGUCCCCCCCCCCCCCACCCCCCCCCGUGCCUGUCCCGUAAAGACUCGCGAUGAUCCCAGCACUGAAACACAACAAUAACAGCCUUCGCCAUUUAGAUUUGUCAUGGAGGGGGGGAAGGGGGGCGGGGUGGUGGGAUGGGGGAGACAUUAUAAUCGCGGCAUAUCAAACGUCAUAUUAUAAAUCACUAUUGGAGCCAGUCAAUUGCCAGAAUUAUUUUCUACAUCAAGGAUAUAAAUACAAAAUGUGCCUAAUAACCUGCCAGCGCCUUGGUUUAUCUCACUAUUUCGCAUCAGCUCAAUGAUAAUUUUGUCCUGACUGAUGGUUUUUUUGGUUCUGUUGGGGUUCUGAGUUUCAUGGACAAGUUGUCAGCGACCGUCAUUCAUUUAUUUCUCUGAUUAUUCCUUCGAGAGAUCAAUGGAGUGAGGAUAGAAAAUAACAGAGGAUCACUUUUGUUUCAUUGAUUUUCUGCUCUUGUGUUUUGAAGACACGGAGGUGGUUUUGAGUUUGACUUCACAAUCCGUUGUAGCCCUGUGUAUCCAAGGGCUGUCCACCGUUUGGUUGUCCACAUAUUUACAUUUAUUAGUUUGUAACAUUUCUGUAACAUUUCAUCGUUUAUUUUAUUAUUUAAAAUAUAAAUAACCGUCUUGCCACUUGCAACAAGCAGGCUAUCCAAAAAUCUAGCACUUGGGGGAUAUUAUCCAAUUCAUAAUCCUAUUACAUAUAGCCAGUGAAACAUUAACGGUUUCCCUAUUUAUUGAUUCCUUUAUUCACUCAUCCUGGACCAUAUAAACUGUGGACUCUGAAACAGAGCUGGGAAUACAGAAGGACGACAACGCUAUACCUGCCUAUCAUUCUGUUGGACGUUCAGUAGGCCUAUACAAAUUUUAUAAUCUUAAAUACUCCUGUUAUUGGUUUAUUUCAUAAGUAUUUUUUUUCGAAUAUUGUACAGUUUUGUAUAUUACCCUUUUGAAGUUAUUAAUUUAAACAAUGCUGUUAGUUCUACAUGCUCUUAAUUAGCAAUGUAAAAACAAUAUUUUCAGUAAGAUGUGACUGUUUCGGCGCUUUUAUUCCAAAUUUCGAUGACAGGUCAAGCAAUUAUUUAUUUUCAGUAUAAAGCUUGUAUUAUGUUUUGAAAUAAUCUAUGUAUGUUGUAAUAAACAACCUCUUGCUACAA